AUGGAAUCCUCUCCUGAACCGCCCUCUAGCCCUCCGCAUGAGGAUUCAGAAGAUAGUCCAUGGGCCUCUCCAGCUAAGCCUCGCAAAGGUCGAGGCCCUCGCCCCAUUGCAGGUGCCCUUGGAUCCUCUGAUGAUGAGCCGGCGCGUAUCUCUAUGAGAAAGGUUAGGCUUGCCCCCCGUCGCUCUGCCAGAAUUGCCGAAAAAUUACAAAACCUAUCUUCAUCUCAAGACGAGACUCCUGCUGAAGAACAUGUCUUAAAGCAAGGAGACGACGACACCAAAAGCCCUCACACCUCUAACAAGGAGAUUCGCGUCACCACUCCACCUGCUACCAGUCCAGCUGCCAACGCGGAAGAUAACCUCACCAUCGCUUCGACUGCGACCAGUCAGGUUGCCGAUAUCGAGGACAAUAUUGCCAUCGCUCCACCGGCUGAAGAAGCAUCCACUACCAAUGCUCUCGAAACCGUCCACGACGACAGUUUCUCCGACACAUCGGACACUGGAACUGAAUGGGAUGCUGGCCAGUAUGGUGUUUUUGACCCAGAUGACAAGGACUUUGUUGGUCACAGUUACGACGGCGAUAUUUGGACCUGCCCCUUCGCCUUCAGGGACUACAUCCUGGAAGCUGCCAUGUUUGAGUGUAACGAGCGAAAGUUCCGACACCAUCUUCAGGAUUGUCUGCGUGGCUCGGCACGCGAGUGGUAUGACAAGGAACUAGAUGACCAGGAGCGCCGAGAGCUCCGCCACGGCUUUCUCGAAGAUUGGCUCAGCAAUCUUGUCUGGAGAUUCCGUCCUGACCCGGUAAUCACUUUCGAGCUACUGGAAUCCAAUCCAUGGACUUGGGAAUCGGUGCGGAAGAACAUGGACAUUGAAGACUGGCUGCUAGCUCAAUACGCCCACACUGAGGCUCAUGGCGGUCGUGAGAAUGAGAGACUGCAGUUUAUUUGGGAGACCAUGAGUCCAGAAAUGCGAUGUGAUGUGCCGGAGCCCGAGGGUUGUACUACCUACCAAGAUUUCCUCAAGGAUCUGGUGCGAGCGAACGAGCAGUGGCGUAAGGAUGCUGCCGAGGAUAACACUCAGGAUGGACCACCGAAGAAGAAGAUGCGCCAGGGCAUUUGA